AUGAACCCUGAACUUGCCCUUCCCUCUUUAUGCAAGGCUUCUUCAGUCCCCGUACGCUCACACAAGGACGACAAUGCUGCGACCUCCGCUUCGGGGGGUCAGCCAGCUUUGGCUCCGGAUUUCGGUUCUUCACUCCGCCGCCGGCCAACCCUCGACACGCGGCGUAGCUCCACGAUCAGCACGGUUCAAAUAGAACGGAUAGUGUCAGAGGAGAGAGCUGAUACCAACACCUAUGGCGUGUCCGAAUUGCGUGAGGGUUUCUUUGACGCCCUGUUUCUGAAGCCUCCCAAAGCCCCCCAAGAUGACCUAAAGGUCAGGUUCGAGGCAACCCUCCCAGAGGGCUGGAAGGACAAGUCACCACUGAGGCCAAGGAUCUUGACUAAGAAGCAGUGGGAUAGGCUUCGGGGCAUAGUUGUCGAGUUGAUGACGACGAGGGAGGGUGUCCGCCUAUUGAAAACCUUCACGGCCUUCUUCACGGCUUAUGCGCUGUGCCUAGUUCCGUCUGUACACAACUGGCUAGGAAAUUACAGCUACAUUAUGGCGGUUUCUACCAUAUUGAACCAUCCAGCUCGCAGCUUUGGGUCUCAGAUUGACGGUGCCGUUCUCACCAUCGUCGGGACUGGUGCAGGUCUGGGCUGGGGGAUUGUCGGUCUUCUACUGUCCACCUCAACCAUAGCUGCUCGAGCCGGGUUUGGCGGUAUCCUGGCUCUCUUCUUGGCGCUUUUCAUGACCACAAUGGGUUGGAUGCGAUCAUUCUUCCUCAGGUUCUAUCAAUGUGUCUUGUGUGCGGGAAUUGCCAUCAUGUGCAUGACCUUGGCUGAAACCAACGAUCACAGUGUCGGAUGGUCCAAGGCCAGGAGCUAUGGGGUAUCCUGGGUUCUGGGGCAAGCCAUUGCUUUGGCCGUCAACUGUCUGAUCUGGCCGGAUGCAGGGGCCCGUCCUCUGGCUACAACCUUUCACGAUUUCUUUGGAAUAACAAAAAAUGCCCUCGAAAUACCCAGUCCACGGGAUAACGGGCGGCAACGGCGCCUAGCACAAUCCUAUGUUGACUUGUCCCAAGCUCAUCGCGACCUGCGGCUGGACUUGACAAUUACGAGAUUCCGCCCUGAUGAUGUAGAAGACUUGCGGAACCUAAUGCAGGGAGUUAUAAGAGCACUCCUGUCUAUGGAUACGGAGACCUAUUUAAUAGAUGACGCAUCUCAGACCAAAAGCGCCAGUGUUAUAAUCAACAUGCCCGAAGCACCAGGGGUGAAUACAGCAGACUUUGGACUCGGUAACGAGGAGUCAGUGGCUGAUCUCGAAGACGUCAGCACAAUGGUGCUACACGCGCUAUCAAAGCCGCUUCGAGAGGUCCUGGAUAGCAUUCUGGAAGGCUUGGAUCGUAGUGAUGCCGCUCUGAUGGAUCUUUCUGGUUAUCGCAAAUACAUCGGACCUCCGAUGGAUGCAUCAGCCGACGUGGGAGCUGUUCAGGUUCGCCUCAACAGUGCUCUCUCAGCAUUGAAUAAUGCUGAGGUUACAGUCUUCCAAUCUAACAAGCUCACCUCUCGAACAAUGCAAGCCGCCGAUAUCGUCCAGCUAUUUCUCUUUGUGCGGCACACCAGGGAAGCCGCAGACGCCGUCCAAAGUCUGCUUGACAAGGUUGAAGAUAUGCAGCAGAUGUCGGACUGGCCGCGGCUGAACUUUCCCUCUUACUCCUUCCGGAAAGCCAUCCACCGAGCGAACCGCCAGACACGACACGAUCGUGGAGGAAUCACCGCGGGCUCUUACCAUUCCACCUUUGUGCAGAUAGCCGAUCUGCUGGAGAGCAUCAAGUCAAAGGAACACAAGCCAACGCGCACGAGAGCAAACACGCCAGAGCCCGAGGACGGCGAGGGCGAGAGCAUGCCAUACCCAAUAGACUCGCACCCACAGACUGAAGACCCGGACAAGGCUGACGAAGAUGACGUUGGCCAUAAGAUCUGGCGAAUCCUCCGUCAUCUACAAGGCUUCGAAGGCCGAUAUGCUCUGAAAGUCUGCAUUGUCACCUCGCUCCUCUCAGUCCCCUCUUACCUCGACGGGCACGAGUGGUGGGACCGCUACCACGUCUGGUGGGCUGUAGCCGCGAGCUGGAUCAUGAUCCAUCCUCGUGUGGGUGGUAACGUACAGGAUCUCUUUACCAGAUCAUUCUGCGCCAUCUUGGGAGCCAUAUGGGCUGGUGCAGCACAGGCUGCUGGGAAGGGGAGCCCAUACGUCACAGGUGUAUUCUCAGCCAUAUUCAUGAUACCAAUGCUCUACAGAUUCGUGCAAAGCUCACAUCCACGAUCUGGGCUAAUCGGCUGCCUGUCUUUCACCGUCGUAUCACUGAGCCUACACAACCGGCCCAAAGACGAUGCCGGCGUCAUAUUCACCAUUGCCAUGGGUCUAUGCUUCUUCGUCGGAACUGCUGUCCCCAUUUUGGUAAACUGGGUUCUCUGGCCCUUCGUAGCGAGACAUGAGCUUCGUUCCGCAAUGUCUUCCAUGAUUUUCUUCAUGAGCAUCAUAUACCGCAACGUCGUCGCCAAAUACGUCUACUUCGAAGAGGGCAAGGAGCCCACAGCGCUAGACAUCCAAAAGUCUGAACAACUCGAGGGCCACAUCCGCGAAGGCUUCCUCCGAAUCAGACAACUCCUCGAACUCACCCGUCACGAGAUCCGGCUCCGCGCCCCCUUCGACCCCCUGCCGUACAGCGCUCUCGCAGACGCCUGCGAGCGCUUCUUCGACUACCUCAUCGCCGUUCGCCAGGCCGCCCUGUUCUACAACCCCGGGUACAUCCGCGACAACCCCGUCGCUUCUGAGAAGCUUCUGGGGUAUCGGCGAGACGCCGUGGCCGCGAUUCUAGGCAAUUUGUAUAUUCUCGCAGGCGCACUACGAUCGCAGAGGAAAGUCCCUCGAUAUCUCCCCAAUGCCGGUGCCGCGCGAAGAAAACUUCUAUUGCGAACCAUCGAGAUAGAGGAUGAGAUUGCUGCACAAGCCGAGAGAAUCGGCUCCUUCAACACGCGGUGGUCCGACAUUCACAGCUUCUCAUUCAACGAGAGCCUCACAGGGUGUAUAGCCCAGCUAGAGGAGCUGGAGGAGUUGACAAAACUCAUUGUUGGGGAGCAAGGCUUCGAUGAUGACUUGAAAGAAGACCCCGUAGACCAACUGCGUAACAAUCCCCCUUGA